CAGAAAUUGCAGGGUUGCUCUCCGUCACUUAGUGUUGAGACUUUCCUCCCCUUUUGUAGUUAAUGGGAAGGAAAGGUGUCCUCAACAGAUGACUGCAACAGGGUUACUUCUGCCUGUUAACUGUGUGCAACCUGGACCUAAACCUGUGCACAUGUUCUCUAACAAAAUGCAUGUUCACAGAUUUGUGCAGGUCACAAAGAUGUUGUGUGUUUUAAAACUCCCUGAUGUCAACAUGAUCAACUGAGUUAUGUUGGAAAAUCCUACUCUUUGCAUCUGCAAAGAGAAACCACUUCUUGAGCCAGAUAGUGCAUAUCAAGGCGGAGUAUUUUUUCUCACGGUACACUUUCCAACAGACUAUCCUUUCAAACCACCAAAGAUUGCUUUUACAACAAAAAUAUACCAUCCAAACAUAAACAGUAACGGGAGUAUUUGUCUUGAUAUCCUGAGAUCACAGUGGUCACCGGCUCUGACUGUAUCUAAAGUUUUAUUGUCCAUAUGCUCCUUACUUUGUGACCCUAAUCCGGAUGAUCCUUUAGUACCGGAUAUUGCACAGAUCUACAAGUCAGACAAGGAAAAAUUUCUACAGUAUAAAGGAGUAGAUGUUUAAAUCUUGAAGAUAUCUAUCCAUGGAAUGGCAAGCAAGAAACUGUUGGAUACUAAUUUUUCGUAUUUAAAGCUGCAGAAAAAAUUCGCAAUGUUACACUAAAUGUUUAUAUUCAUUUUUCAUUGCAUGAAAAAUCCCUUCUCAAAUAUAAAUUAUUUGUUGCUGUGGUGGUCCUCCAAUUCUAAAACCUAUGCAUUUGUUAAAAAAUUAGGUGUGAACUGUGGAACAUAUGAUUUGACACAAUUUUAUAAAUGUAGCAUGGGCUAAUAUUCAGCUCUUUUUGGUGUUAGUGUCACAUUUAUUGCAAAUGGCAACAUCUUACAGAGGAAAAAGCCUCUUCUUUCUGAUUUUUGGAACAGUUGUAGAACUUGUGGGAAGUUUCUAGUAUUGGGAAGGUAACAUGGACGGCACAUAACUGAAGUAUUGCAUACUUCUCAAAUCAAAAUCAAAUUUGAUCCAAAAGUUUUAACUGAAAGUAUUGUAUUGACUGCAACUUCUAUUCUUGGGUCUCUUACUUCUAGUGCAGAACCAUCUGUAUUUCCUAAAAUGCAGUUUUGAGGCUUGCUGACUUCUUCCUGUUGUACUUCCCUCCUAAGGAGGGUUUUGAAAUGCUGUGAUAGAAGUACGUACACGGCUGAACCCUCAGAGUAUCAGAUAACAGGAUUUAGCCGUCACUAGUAAGUCCGGUGCUUUGGCGUAACGACGUUUCUUUCCUGAGCGCUACUUCUACAGAGCGGUUCCUGUGGGCGCUCAGACUUUUCAGUAGUGACGUCUGUUGAUAGCUAAGCAAACUUAUGCAUAGAUUUCUUAAGAGUUCGUCGCAGAUGUGGGUGACUGGAAGCUCAGGCCCCUUGUGCUGCAGACUAAGACUGCGUGGUGUCUGAAGGGUUACAUGGAGGAAAUAUUACUUCUGAGCGAUUUUGUAUCUCUGCUGCUUUCUGCUGAUAUAUCAGCUUAUUUAUUUCUCCCAGGCUUAGAAAUUAUACUCCAUGCAUAAAAGAAGGUUACAGAUUCAGUGAUCCAAGAAGUACAAAUUACUCUGCUUACUACUGGGAGAUUCUGUGGGACUCUACUGCUUUAGGUAUUUUGAGCACAAUCCAGGAUGCAGUCUUACCAGUAUGGCCUGAGCUGUCUUCUCUAACAGCAUUUUCAUGCCUGUUGCUUUCCUAGGUGUGUAUGAGAGUAAGUAAGCCUCGAUGAAGAGAUCAAGCUAGGACAGUGACAAAGAGUAGGAGGGUCUAAGGUUUUCCAGACACGUCCAGCGUUGAGUCCUAAUUUACCAAGAAUGAAAUAACCUUCCCCAAAAUGAAUCCGCUACAAAAUUUCUGGUGGCCUCGACAAGAAAUUAAAUAGUCAUAGCCAUGCAACACGUUUAUGAAUAGCCUAAACACCACUUAUUAUCUGACUUUUUGUUGAAGCGACUGAAAUUGUUGUCAUUAAUUCAGUUUGGGGCAGGUCAUUCUAUCCUCAGUACUUAAGCUGAUUUUUGGUAAACUUGCUUUUAGCUGUUUCAACUGUUAGACUCCCUGUUUCAUGUUCUCUGGAAUUCUUGUGUGAUAUCCAGAAGACUUGCUGAUCUUCUGGUAUUUUUUAGUCCUGAGCCACUGAAGAACUUGUUGAGAUGCAUGAAAAAGGCCUAUAGUUCAUCACAUAUCACACUCGUGAAGAUUUAAGUAUUGCUUUUACCUGGAGGCCUGGAUAGAGAAGGAAUGAGGUAGAAAUUAGAAGUCUGUGAUCUAAUAUUUGGAAUGAGCCUCUUGCCCAGAGUGAGAAUUAUUAAGAUGGCCUUUUCCUGACAGCUCUAUGUCUGUAAAAUCAAGUCAUGUGCUCCACUUCUGAAGGGCUUGAACUUUGUGGCUUGUACUGCAAGGCAGAUAAUCCUCAAAUUGAGGAUGUGCCUCAGCCUCUGCCCAUCCACUUGCUCAAUACUGCUUUCAGCUAUCGUGCCUCCUGUUUGUGACUGAGGUGAAGAAGGGAAACUUGUCUGUCUCCCAAACUAGAAACUUAAUCAUUGUGGGAUAUACAGAGAAGGUGAAAUUCUUGACUGAAGGGCUUAUCUUUUUUUCUACAAAUCACCUACUGAUUGUUUACUCUUAUCUCAGAUUUGGGAAAUGAAAGAUAUGGCUGAUACGUAUGAGCAUCUAUCUCCGGAUUUUUUAGCGUGUGCUAAAAAUCCAGACUUGUAUGAUAGCAUAUUCUUAGCAACACAAACGAGUAGCACACGAGUUGGUAUACUGAACUUGAGAAAUGGUUUGGGGGAAGGGAGGAGGGGAACUUUUCAGUGUUUCUUCUAAAGAACCCAGAAGAUGAAUCUAGUCUGAAGAGUGGAAUGUAACGAAUGUAAGGACUGAAGGGAGAGUUAGUUAAUGAUUCUCUGAGGACACUUACUUCUGGGAGUGCUAGUUAGCUUCAUACCAGAAGGAGAAGACCAAAGAGUUAAAAUCUAUUUGCAAAUUUUUUUUUUCUUGAGAAAUUUUCCUUUUAAGUUCAAACAGCAGUGCAGAAUGGAGAAUUAAAAAAAAAAAAAGCUCUCCUUCAAAAUUAAUGCAGAGAACUGCAAGCUUCCUCAAAAAGCUUUCCAUCCCAACCCUUUCCAAAACCAGUUAGUUUUACUGAAUUUUAUGCUGUUAGAGUAAGCUUUGUGAAGUUGCAUACACAUUUGGUAACGAUCAGCAACAAAUUUCUAUUAAUAUGCAAGUAAUGGAACUAGCAGUGAAAUGCAAGUGAGAUAUGCACACUGAUGCGCGUUUCAAUACAAACCUGUAUUAAAACCUAAGAAUGUUCUGAGCUUCAGUCAAAAUUCUUUUGAUAGGUAACCUUAGAAGCUAAACAUACAGUGGGUAUGUGUUAUUUGUCUUUUAGACUUUUUUUGACAUAAUAUGAAUCAAUUGUAAGAGGUGAUAAGCUCAGUAAGGUCUGUAUUAAGCAAAUACGUGGGCAUUGUCAAUGUAUCUCUAACAGAUCUUCACUGUAAUGCCUUCUUUCUGCACGUACAGAUACAACAGACAUGCAAGAGAAUGGACUCAGAAAUAUGCAAUGUAAACUUGUGAAGACUUUUUCAUAUACCACAGAGUACUGUAAAUUCUAGGAUUUUUUUUUCAAAUUAGAAGGAAAUGGAGCACAGUUUACCGUUUCAGUGUACCAUAAUGCCCUUUUUUUUCCUGUUUUGUUUUUUAACCCAUGUAAGUGUGCUUCUGGAACAAGGGAAAACAAACUUCCAAAAAAUAACCUUAUGACUGUGAUAAGAAUAUUUAUCUUUUUUGUAUGCUUGCAGAAGACAUUUAUUAUGGUUUUUAAGAGUUGGACAUCUGCAUCUUCAGACUACAAGAUCCAUAAUGCAGUUGUAAAGCAACCAAAAUAUUUUUGCUGGAGAAAGCUGUUUUUACGCGAUAAAUACUGUAUGUGUGUCUUUAAGAUAUGUUGUCUGUUUCACAAGGGUGUUCAAACUUCAUUUUGUUAGUUCACUUAUAUGAUUUGUAUUUUUUUACUGUAUAGACUAAAUAUAUUUUAUUUACCAUGUAAGUCGAUUCAUUUUAGACUUACUUGUGCACAGUAUUGACAAGAUGCAACUGCUAGUAAUGAAAAUAAUCGGGGUAUCCCACCUGUUAGGAUAUUCUGAAGACUGACUGCAGAUUUCUUAAAACCUAAAAUGAUCUUUGCACUGUAAUUCUUAGUAGGCUGAUUAUGGAGAAACACUUGUUUUUGAUUUUGUUACAUACUUGACUUAAUUUUAUUGCAAUGUGAACUAAUUGCACUGCUAUGUAGAAAGAUAUGUAACCUUUUUGUUGCUAUUCACACCUGAUUUUUCCCUGUGGGCAACAUAACAUUCUCACAGACCUUUUACAAAUCUAAAUGUAGCCUUUUCCAUAUAAAUAAAAUGCAUUUUCUACUA